GCUGAUAGCUCGAACUCCUCAAGCCCUGCCCCGCGUCGCAUAACGGUGAGCAUCAUGGUGAUGUUGGACCGGUGUCCUUCCUAAUUGGCUUCGAACUUUACGAAAUCUACUCCACGAGAGGGGCAGUCUUCUUCCAAGCGGUCGAAUAAGAUAAUAUGCAUUCAAUCAAGUGAUCGCCCUCCGACCACGGCGGUAGGUACACGCUUUCUUUUACAAUUUUCUCUCAACUUUACAAAAUCUAGGCCUUUGUGUUGAGCUUCCCCGAAACAAAGCAUUGUCUAGCUAUUGCUCUCCGAGAACUGUAUUUCCAAGACAUACACACGUCGUUUCGGCGUCCCGGUUGUUCACAAGAUGGACCCCAAGACAGCAAGCAACAAGUCGUUCAUCUUGAACAAACCGCACGAUGUCUCCUACGCCGACAAGCCGGUGCCCUCGCUUGCCACCCCACACGACGUCCUGGUCGCCAUAAACUACACGGGCAUCUGCGGUUCCGAUGUGCACUACUGGCAGCAUGGCGCCAUCGGACAUUUUGUCGUCAAGGACCCCAUGGUCCUCGGUCACGAGAGUGCAGGCACAGUGGUUGAGGUAGGCGAGUCCGUCACUACCCUCAAGAAGGGCGACCGCGUCGCCCUUGAGCCCGGAUACCCUUGCCGCCACUGCUCGCCGUGCCUGGGUGGAAAGUACAACUUGUGCCCAGAUAUGAGGUUCGCCGCUACGCCGCCGUACGAUGGUACAUUGACGGGUUUUUGGGCUGCGCCGGCAGAUUUCUGUUACAAGUUGCCCGACAGCGUUUCGCUGCAAGAGGGUGCGCUUGUCGAGCCGCUCGCGGUUGCUGUACACAUUGUGCGGCAAGCCGCCAUCACGCCUGGCCAAUCGGUGGUCGUCAUGGGCGCUGGGCCCGUGGGCCUGCUGUGUGCCGCCGUCGCAAAGGCAUUCGGCGCCACCAAGGUCUGCAGCGUGGACAUUGUGGAGUCAAAGCUAGAGUUCGCAAAGAACUUUGCAAGUACACACACGUACAUCUCGCAGCGUGUGUCGGCCGAGGAGAACGCAGCAAAUAUCAAGAAAGAAAUCGGCCUGCCCGAGGGCGCAGACGCCGUGAUCGAUGCCAGCGGUGCCGAGCCCAGCAUUCAAACGAGCUUGCACACUGUGCGCACGGGUGGUACAUACGUUCAGGGCGGUAUGGGCAAGCCUGACAUCACUUUCCCUAUCAUGGCCCUCUGCCUCAAGGAGGUCACCGCAAAGGGUUCAUUCCGAUAUGGCAGCGGAGACUACAAACUAGCUGUCGAAUUAGUAGCCAGUGGCCAGGUUGACGUCAAGAAGCUCGUCAGUGACACCGUAUCGUUUGACAAGGCAGAAGAGGCUUUCGAGAAGGUUUCCAAGGGCCAGGUUAUCAAGAUCUUGAUUGCUGGUCCAAACGAAAAGCUGUGAGGCCGUUACCAGAACUGUUGCUCCGACAGCCUGAAAUUCAACUCGUUAUGUUGUAGGUGUCAAGUAGCGUAGGUGUUGGGAUAGAUGUCCUCUGAUCUUUUAACGGAUGUGCCAGAGAAUUGAACUCAGAUCAACUUGAGAAAAGAAUACUACAAAACGAUAUAAUUAUGUGAAGAGGCACAAUUGCAGGGUAGUCGAGCCGAGCAAAUUUAACA